GCAUGCCCAGUUGGAGACGGAAGUUCCGGCCUUUGGGCGCUGCUUCCUGUUUCUUCUCAGGGCGGCCAGGAUGGAGGCUGUGGAGGAGUUGGAUAUCGAUGUGGAGGGAGACGUAGCGGCCGCAGCGCAAACGGGAAAUUAUGACGAUCCAUCAUCCAGCUUGCUGCAAGAUCAUUACUUGGAUUCGACGUGGAGAACUGACAUGGGACUUCCAUGGAGUCUUGAUCACACAAUUAGUGAAGAAAACAAGGCCGCAAUUGAGAAGAUGUUAUUGGAAGAAGAAUACUAUUUGUCAAGUAAAUCGCUUCCGGAAAAGCUUUGGCAGGAACUGAAGGAAAGUGAUAAAAAGUGCAUGAAAAGUCCACACAAGAAAGAGGCGAAACUCAUGUUACGCUCUCCGCCAAAAUCAGCUACUGGAUCAUUGAAGUGGACAACAGAAGAGAAAGAGCUUUUUGAACAAGGACUGACUAAAUUUGGCAGAAGAUGGACAAAAAUUUCCAUGAUGAUUGGAAGUCGCAAUGUUCUUCAAGUAAAGAGUUAUGCCAGGCAGUACUUUAAGAACAAGGCCAAGACUGAUGGCCCAGAGAAAGUGGAGCAACGGGGACCAUAUGUCAGCAUUCCUGUUCCUAGCAGCAAUGAGGAUGAUGAAGGAAAGACGGUGGCAUGGGCAACUACGCUCUUAAGAGGCCGGGCAGAUCCUAACUUGAAUGCAGUGAAAAUUGAAAAAUUAUCAGAUGAUGAAGAAGUAGAUAUUACAGACGAAAUGGAUGAGCUGCUUUCUCACAUUCCUCAACAAGAAUCUGGGAAGUGUGAGUUGUUUGAUACUCCAAAGAGUCCAUCCACACAAAGUAAUUGGACAGUGCCCGCUUUGGAUUCUGAGGAACACACACCGGCUGCCCUUCUCUUAACUGCAAAAUACAGUCCAAAGCCAGAGGAAAGCCCAGCUGAGACUCCAGAGACUGUGGUGCCGUCUUCGGAGAACAAUAGUCAUGAUCCACUGAAGCCCGAGAACGAGGAGGGUGACGAAGUAAGGACACCUGAUUGGUUUUCCUGCCCAGAGCUUUGUGGAGAACAAAGAGAUUUCAAUGAAAACAGUAUUCUUGCCCAUCCUUCUGAGCAGCCAGAAGAGGAUAGCCACAUGAACGCUGAGGAGCUUAAGCCGCCUGAUCAAGAAGUGGAAAUAGACAGAAAUGUGAUAUCAGAAGAAGAAAAACAAGCGAUACCAGAGUUUUUUGUGGGACGCCAGGCUAAAACACCUGAACGCUACCUGAAAAUUAGAAACUAUAUUUUAGAUCAGUGGGAAAGAAGCAAACCAAAAUACUUGAACAAAACUUCAGUACGCCCAGGGUUGAAGAACUGUGGUGAUGUCAACUGCAUCGGACGCAUACACACAUACCUGGAAUUGAUAGGAGCAAUUAACUUUGGAUGUGAGCAGGCUGUUUAUAACAGGCCACAGACUACUGACAAAAUGCGCCCCAGAGAAGGCAAGGAUGCUAUUGAUGCGUAUCAGCUUGUGCAACGGCUGCAGUCUAUGCGUACAAGGAGGCGGCGAGUCAGAGACCCCUGGGGAAAUUGGUGUGAUGCCAAAGAUUUGGAAGGACAGACAUUUGAGCACCUUUCUGCUGAGGAACUAGCAAAAAGAAGAGAAGAUGAGAAGUUUAAAGUGCCAAAAGCCACUAAAGGACAAAGACAUACCAAAAGUUCAUUUGAUCCCUUUCAGCUGAUCCCUUGCUGUUCCUUCACAGAAGAGAAACCAGAGCCAUUCCAAGUGAGAGUAACUGCAGAGGCACUUCUGAUUAUGGAUUUGCACGCUCAUGUAUCCAUGGCAGAGGUAAUAGGUUUGCUUGGUGGAAGAUACUCUGAAACGGAAGGAAUAGUUGAAGUCUGUACAGCAGAACCGUGCAAUAGCCUCAGCACAGGGUUGCAGUGCGAAAUGGACCCAGUGUCUCAAACGCAGGCCUCAGAGGCACUCGCUGCUCGAGGCUUCAGCGUCAUUGGCUGGUAUCACUCUCAUCCUGCCUUUGACCCUAAUCCCUCAAUACGAGAUAUUGACACACAGGCAAAAUACCAGAGCUAUUUCUCAAGAGGUGGAUCAACGUUUGUUGGGGUGAUCAUAAGCCCUUACAAUCGAAACAACCCUCUUCCAUAUUCCCAGAUUACUUGUCUGGUAAUCAGUGAUGAGACAAGUUCUGAUGGAUCCUAUCGUCUGCCAUACAAGUUUGAAGUCCAAGAAAUGUUGGAGGAACCUCAGUGGGAACUAGUAUUGGAAAAAACUCGAUGGAUAAUUGAGAAAUACAGGCUGUCUCAUAGCUGUGUGCCCAUGGACAAAAUCUUCCAUAGGGAUUCAGACCUGACAUGCCUGCAGAAGCUUCUGGAGUGCAUGAGGAAGACCCUGGACAGUGUAGCAAAUAGCUUCAUUGCUGAAGAAUUCCUGGCACAACUAGAGAACCUAUUCCUUUCAACCUACAAGAAUGAGGAGUGGAAUGAUGCUGCUGAAGAAAAUACCACGUGUCCGAACGACCUCCCUAUAUAAUGGUACUGAAAAAUAUAAGCGCUCACUUUAAAAUAAGGCUGCAAUGCGAACGAGUGACAGGAUCUAGUGUGGCUGAAGAAAAUGAUAAAGAUGGAAUGAAGCAAUCAUGGCAAACUAGGUGACCUCUGACAUGGACUCACUACAAACUAUGUGAACUCUGACGUGAAUAGAACAAUUGCCCCAUGUUGGUUGUUCAAUGAUAAUCUUCCGGUUCAUUCUGGUGUUUGCAACACUACUGUGCAGUCUGUUUCACUGUUCAAUGGAAACUCAGGUGUUAGCAAACAUAUUUGUUCAAUUGAUAAAUUCAGCUGUGUUGUAUAUUGCUGAGAGCUGAAAAAAAGCAACAAACAAUAUUUUUCAUUUAUUCAAUUGUUAGUACUCCUCACGGUCAGUUCCUGCCUUGAGCGUUGUUUUUUGAUGCAUCUCCAGUCCAGUCUUGUUAAAUUGAAUAGCAAAGGAAGAUCAGAAGAAAUAACCCAUCAUACCAAAUCUUGCUAACUAACAGAUUGUAGAUUUGAGAAAUUGGCUAUGCCUGUAAAAUAAGACAUUCCUGCUCAGUGGUCAGACAAUGAGGGAAAAAAUCUGCCAAGCAUGGCUUGCUGGAUAUUAAUGAGCCUAAAAAAAAUUAUUAAGACCAUUCCCCAGAAAACCCAGAUAUAUAAUAAUAAUAAUGAUGAUGAUGAUGAUGAUGAUGAUGAUGACAAUGUACAUAUCCGGCAUUGCCUGGGUAUCGUUGGGAAUGCUGCCUGUCUUUCUCUUCCUUUCCUUCCCUCUCCUCAUACCUUUUUCCCUUUGGGUUGCUGUAAGUUUUCCGGGCUGUAUGGCCAUGUUCCAGAAGCAUUCUUUUCUGGUGUUUGGCCUGCAUCUAUGGCAUUGAAUGCUAAUCAUGGUGGCCAAUUGAAAUAUUCACAUCUGACUCAAGCAGACAAGAGUUCGUUCUCCUUAUUCCACAGAUAUAUAAACCCAAUUUUCCUAGUUUCUAACAGACCUCACAACCUCUGAGGAUGCCUGCCAUUGAUGUGGGUGAAACAUCAGGAGAGAAUGCUUCAGGAACAUGGCCAUAUAGGCCAGAAAACUCACAGCAGCCCAGUGAUUCUGGCCAUGAAAGCCUGACAACACUUUUCCCCUAUCUUUUUCUUCCUUUGUUCCCUCCUUUUUCUUUCUCCUUUCCCUCCAUACACAUGCCAUCUAUCUUUCUUAGUGACAGCACAGAAGGCCAUUUCACCUAGCAACAGCCUUUAUAGUACAGACAUACACACAUGCCGACAUUAACUCUUAGAUAGAUAGAUGGAUAGAUUUCUAUUCUCUUUUGAUUCAGCUGCUUUGCACUUUAAUCAAGAUAUAAAAGUAGAAUAUAAACAAACAAAUACAACAGCAGCAACAACAAUAGUAUAUAAAGGACACAAAGGAGCCAGAAAGCCUCAAAAGGAUUAAAAGAACAAUAGUAUUAGGUGGGCCUUUUUUUCGGAGCCAGAUCUUACUAUCUAAGUGCAAAUUGUAGAUUUGCAAAAUUUGCAAUGAGUGUAUAAUAAGCCGUUCUUGCUCAGUGAUCAGAAAGUGAGGAAAGCUUACGGAGUAGUAUAAAGUAAGGAUAUUCCCCAUAAAAAUAAAGAAAUACAUACUAAAAUACAAAAUAUGUAAAAGAUACAAUGGAGCCAAAAAGCCCCAGAAGAAUUAAAAGAACAAUAAUAGCAUCACACUCCAGGUGGGCCUUGUUUUGUGAAGCCAAGCAUUGAAAUUUACCUCCUUUAGUCCUUGGCUUUGCUAGGCCAGGUGUAAUUAAGCCAGCAUGCUAAUUGUGCGUCGUAAGCAUAUCCAUCCAAGUAUGCAUGAUAACACUUUUUCCCCUAAAUGGAGACUAUAUUCAAUCAAAUGGUCAACAUAAUAAAGAUUCCAGAAUCAUAGUACAAUAAGUGAAGUUGUCUCAACGUGGCAGUAAUCUUUUGGGUUAAUUUAUACUAGAGUUGACCCAUUGAGAAAACUAGUCAAAAAUGAUUUAGUUUUGUCCCUAAAUGUGUAUCUGUUGCAUAUGCUAUAGCCACUUAUUUAUCCUAGUGAAAGACUAUAGCACGUAUGGGCCAACUUGGGCCCUCCAGGUGUUUUGUACUACAAUUCCCACAAUUCCUAACAGCCACUGACUGUUAGGAAUUAUGAGAGUUGUAGUCCAAAACACCGGAAGGGCCCAAGUUGGCCCACGCCUGCUCUAUAGUGUGGUGCCAAGUGAUAUUUCAAAUACUCUUUUUAUAAAAAAUGUAUACAUCCAUGUUGUAAAUGUGUGUUGUAAAUAUUGUGUAUUUGUACAGAAAAGACUCAAUACGUUUACUUGACCCCCCGCCCCCUUCCAUGUAAAAGCACAGUAGAGAGACAUCCGCCUCGUAAUAUUACAUUUUAUCCCAGUAAUCAGGAGUAAAACUCGUAAGUAUAAACAAUGGAAAAAAAUUCUUCUCACAGCCAUACUUCAAUAAAAUGUGGAAAUGUUUCAACUGUA